CUGGUGGCGCGCUCCUCUGCGGCUCCUCCCCGAGCGCUCUCGGGGCUUGGCAUCGCUCGGACGUGUGCAUUUUUCCUUCGGCGAGGACCAUCGAGGAGCAUCCUUCGGCGGUGGAGGGCGGGCCGCUCGCACUCCCAGCCCAGCAGCCAUGAGCGGCCGCGCCGGCGGCUAUGCUGGCGGGUAUGGCGGGUACGCUGGCGGGUACGCCGGAUCCAGCGGCACGGGCAGCGUGCGCGAGGGUGCACACCGGCUCAUGAUACCGCCGCCAGGGUUCAAGUUCAUCCCGAGGCGCGAAACGGUCUGCGGCGAGAUGGGUUGUUUCGAGUGCUACGACAUCUACUGCGAGCGCUGCGAGUCCAAGGACCGCCGUAUCCUGGAGCUGGAGAUGCGCUGUUCCCAGAUGGCGAAGGAGAUCACCUUUCUCUCGUCCUGCGCCCGGCGGCGCUAG